AUUUUAAUCCACUAUAACAUUUUGAACUCAUUAUAUUUAUAUAUUACAGGUGAUGUAUCAUGCUUGUUCCCACUCAUUGGCUUUUUAAAUUACCUAUCGCAAAGGACCGUGUUCGUUUUCUUCGACUUUACAGUCGCGCCUCCUUUAUUUUGGGGCUUGGUCUAGCUUACUAUGGUCAUAGGCCAAAUUACAAGGAAACACCUGCCAAACCAUCUUUUUUUUAUAAACUUCGUCUCAAGACUUUGUUGGCAAGGAAUAAAAUCUCAAAAGAAGAUUAUGAAAGAUAUUUAGAUUUUAAAAAUUUGUGAAAUUUACUCUUUUUAACACCUUCAUUUGAAUUUUAAUACCAAAACUCUACAUCACAAACUAAUUUUAUAACAUGCACUUUAUAA